AUGGCUAAUAUGGUGACCGGAACAAUUUCUGUGCCAUUGUGGGUUUAUGUAUCUGUAACAUUCACCUUUCGAGGACUGCUGUAUGUCUUUUAUCUCAUUCUGGAUGUCAUGAUAAUUGGAUCUUCGGCUCUCAGUAUGACGUUAAUGAGCCUGGAGAGGUGUUAUGCGCUGAUAAAACCGAUAAAGCAUCGAAACAUCAGAAAAAGUAAGUAUUUUAAUGGUCACUAGUGAAUGUCUCUAAAUAUCAAGCAGCCGGCGGCCAGGAUCAAAAAUUAUAUUUAUAUUUAUAAGUUAUCCGCUUACCAGUUAUUGGUUUUGAAUUUAUCGCAGGCCCA